UGAUAAGAAUAAAAACUAUCCUAACAAAUAUAAAUUUGCAAAUAUGGAGACUGUGUUUACGGUACUCCAAAUAAGUUUCUUAUUUUUAUUUAUCGAUGCCUCCUAUUCGGAUUUAUGCAAAAGUACAGAAGGGGAGCUCGAGUGCUGUCCAGAAUAUUCAUGGAAUAGAAUAGAGGAAAGAUGCAAAAAAUGUGAUGCUGGUAAAUUUGGACCUCGUUGUGAAAAAGACUGCCCGUACCCUUAUUAUGGAAAUCUUUGCGUGUUCAGAUGUGACUGCAAUGAGAAUCUUUGCAUUCCUACUGACGGUUGCUCAGACAAGACAAAUACUUCAACAACCUCUUCACAGAAGCCCCGAAUGCUAAGCCUAUCAUCAUCCAAUGCAGAGAGAAAAAAUCCUUUCAACAUGAAACCUAUAGACAGGCCUACGUCACACUACUGUUUGACAAAACUACCCAAAGUCCAAGCUCUUGUUAAAAUGGUUCUAAAUAUCUACAUGUAUUUCAUUUUCAAAACAGUCAGUCACAUAAAAAAAUUGUAUUUCCUUUUAGUUACAGGUCUUUAUGCUAUUACAAAAGAAACAUCGACUCCAAACGUCUCCUAUAACGAUGAUCACACAUAUACUGACGAGGAAACCCAGCAUCAUGAAGAGUAUCUGCGUUCUCAGUACAUACAGUUUGUGACAGUCAGUCUUGCUGUCCUGGUAGUCGUAAUGUGUAUCAUAUACGUAGGAACAAAGUCAAUCGUGAGACGACGUCUAUCAACUGAUACCACUUGUUGAACCAUGUCAUGAAAUCAUUUAUACUGAAAAUUUUACACUGUAAUUCUUGAUAGGCAAUUCCCCCUUGUAGUCAUCUUAACCCUGUCUAUGCUUUUAAAAUUUCCAUCUGUACAUUUGUAGCCAAUUGAAGGGUAGUAGAUAAGUUUGAGUAAUAUAACCUUAACUUUAUUAUCUU